AUGUCUCGCCACCAGUACGACUUGAUCCAAUGCAUGAAGCGCCCAGGCACUCACAUAGGCAUGCUAUGUCUGCUGUGUGACGGCAGAUGUCCCAUAUGUGACUCUUUCGUAAAACCCGCAGCUCGGGUUCGAAUCUGCGAUGAGUGCGGUUUGGGCCAUAUGGGAAAUAAAUGUAUAGUUUGUGGAAAUGGUCUUGGAGUCAAUAGCCAGUAUGGAUCUGUAGCGUACUACUGUUUGGAGUGUGUGCAGAUGGAAAAGGACAGGGAGGGGUGUCCUCGGAUUACUAACGUGGGAAGCAGCAAGAGCGACAUGAUAGCGAAGCGAAGACGGCAGAAUAAUUGA